AUGAAUAUGAAACCGUUCAUAACGGGACAUGAAGAUCUUAUACAUGAUGUCAAAUAUGAUUUCUAUGGGAAGCAUAUAGCUACAGCAUCGUCCGACCAACAUCUUAAGGUAUUUGACUUGGACUCAGCUACCUCUACCUGGGUUCUCAAUGACCUGUGGAAGGCACAUGAUUCCCUGAUAGUUAAAGUAUCAUGGGCACAUCCAGAGUUUUGUGCGUCAAAAAUGUUUGCCUCAUGCUCAUAUGAUCGUACCGUGAAAAUCUGGCAAGAACAACCAGAUGAAUUACACGGGUCUGGUCGUAGAUGGAUAAAAUUGGCAACUCUUGCAAUUGAAUCUUACGGACCAAUUUAUGACGUUGCAUUUGCCCCGAACCAUCUCGGUUUGAAAUUGGGAUGUAUAGGUCUGGAUGGUAUCUUCCGCAUAUAUGAAUCUUUAGAACCAGCAGAUUUGAGUAAUUGGGCCCUCACAAGUGAAAUCCCCAUGUUACUGCUGCAAUUACCAGCAAAGAACUUACAGAGUAGUUUUGCCAUUGAAUGGUGUCCGUCAAAGUUUACCCAAACUGAAAAAUUCAUCGUGAUUGCCUUAGACCAAGGGUUUAUAUAUGCAUUGAAUUCAAGUGCAAAAAGCUCUCAAAAGGAUUCACAAAGUUCAACACUCAUCCCCAACGAUUUGGACAAUCGUAUCGAUAUCGAUGAACAAAAUGAUUCUAUUUCUACUGCUGCCACUGAUAACAAAUACGUCAAGAUAUGUAAUUUACCGGAACACAACGGAUUGAUUCGGUCAGUAAGCUGGGCCGCAUCGAUGGGUAGAAAUUAUCAAUUAAUUGCUACCGGCUGUAAGGAUGGAUAUGUUAGAAUAUUUAAGGCUACAGAAUCUGCAAAUGGUGAUUUGAAAAUUGAAACUAUAGCCUCUUUGAGUGACCACAAGCUGGAAGUGUGGCAAGUGAAUUGGAAUUUGACGGGUACAAUCCUCAGUUCAGCAGGAGAUGAUGGUAAAGUGAGGUUGUGGAAAUGUAAUUAUCUUAAUGAAUGGAAGUGUAUGAGUGUGAUAAACAGCAGUAAUAGAACAGAGAAUCGUUCUGAUGACAAGGACAAGGGACAACAAAAAUAA